AUGGCUGAUUUACCUACUGUCUCACCUCCUGCAAAGAUCAACGUAGGUUCGGCAGCUGCUGGCCACGCUUCUACACUGAGGCCGAAGGCUCCACCUGCUGGCUAUGCUAAGAUUCAUGUUGACGCGGCAGUAAGAUUUCAGAGAGGUGGCACGGCCGCGGCUAUAUGCAGAGACAGCCAGGGUGCCUAUAUGGGGAGCUCAUCACUUGUCAUUGCCGGAGUUUGCGACCCUGCGACACUGAAGGCCAUAGCAUGUCGGGAGGCUAUUUCCCUAGCACAAGAUCUUAAUGUGCAACAUUUUGUGGUGGCUUCGGACUGCAAACAAGUUAUUGGCGACAUUGCUACGGGUACGAGCGCCCAGGAAGCGACAACACUGCAAGGAAGACAGAAAAAGAAAGAGAAAGAAAGAAAGAAAAAGGCAAAGCAAGAGAUGGGGUGCGGAGGCGGAGGAGAUGCUGACGAAGGCAACGAGGCGAAGGGAAAGGAGGAUGCGCUCGCAUCCAGUAGGCUGCUCGAUCCGGAAUUCAAGCCCUCCAAGCUGUCCCAAGAUCAGCUCGACAAGUUUAAGGAAUUGCACAAGAAACGGCUACAAAUAAAGGAAAAAACAAAAUCCAAAGGAAAACCUAAAGGAAGAACUGGGGAGAAUACAAAUGUAGCCAAUGAUUCUAAAUUUAAUAAUAAGGAUAAAUCAAUUGAUAGUGCCGCAAUAGAUGUACAGCAUACAACAUCAACUACAGGAGCCCAAGCGAAUCUUGCACCGUCCCUGCCCUUGAGGAACAAAAGGAAGUUGCAUUGGGGGCUUGAUGUUAAAGAACGGUGGGAGAGGAAAGCGAACAUGUGAAUUUCUGAAGAUCGUUUAAAUUCUCGGAGCAAAGCAAACCCUCCAUGUAAAUGGGAAAAAAAUCUUUAUGCCUUCUUGAUGACCUAGUUGAAUGUAUUCAUCUUUCUGUUAGCAGGCAGAAUAGCUGGGCGAAAGCCACAAGAUCUAGGCCACAAAUUUCCUGGUUUGCAGUUUUCUAUCUGAUGCCUUGUGCAGGUUAUGUAGCUAGAUAUUCCUAUUUUAAGUACCUGUCCAGAUCUCUUGUUGGGUACUUCAGGCCCACGCCGCGCAGGUUAUAGAACAUCCUGCUUAGCGAGACAGGGAAGGUAUUGAAAAUCCUGUUUCAAAUGUUGUGUACGAUUAUGACAUGCUGCUGUUGCUGCUUUUACAGCAAAUUAUAAGUUUGUCCCGGUUUAUUUUA